GGUGUGUGAUCUCUGUACACCGCAGUGGUCAGAAUAUGGAGAACUUCUCACUUCUCAGCAUCUCUGGACCUCCAAUCUCUUCCUCCGCCCUCAGUGCUUUUCCCGACAUUAUGGUCUCUCGUGCCACCAGCCUGCCAGACAUUGCAAAGACAGCGGUACCCACUGAGGCAUCCAGCCCAGCUCAGGCCCUGCCACCCCAGUACCAAAGCAUCACUGUCCGGCAAGGGAUACAAAACACAGUGCUCUCACCAGACUGCAGCUUGGGGGACACCCAGCACGGAGAGAAGCUGAGGCGGAACUGCACUAUCUACCGGCCCUGGUUCUCCCCCUACAGCUACUUUGUGUGUGCAGACAAAGAGAGCCACCUGGAAGCUUACGACUUCCCAGAGGUGCAACAGGAUGAGGGCAAGUGGGACAACUGCCUUUCCGAGGACAUGGCUGACAGCAUCUGUUCGUCCUCUUCCUCCGCAGAGAACACUUGCCCUCGAGAAGCCACCAAGAAAUCCAGGCAUGGCCUGGACUCCAUCACAUCUCAGGACAUCCUAAUGGCUUCCAGGUGGCACCCAGCACAGCAGAAUGGCUACAAGUGCGCGGCCUGCUGCCGCAUGUACCCCACCCUGGACCUCCUUAAGAGCCACAUCAAGAGAGGCUUCAGGGAGGGCUUCAGCUGCAGGGUGUACUACCGGAAGCUCAAAGCCCUCUGGAGCAAGGAGCAGAAAGCCUGGCUCAGAGACAGGCUCUCCUCGGGCAGCUGCCAGGCCUUCAAUAGUCCUGCUGAACACCUUAGGUAAAUUGGCGGUAAAGCCUACUUAUGUCCCUAGAGAGAUGCCAAUAAA